CACACACACACCAAACACCGCCCCCCCCUCCGCCUCCUGACGACGCGGUCGGAAAAAAAAGAUGCUCCGCGUUCCAAUGGGGAAGUGGAGUCUCCCGGCGGAUCCCGGAUGCCGUCGGAGGUGGCUGCGCUGAGCUGAGGAGCCGCUGCUAGAGGCCGCGCGCGAGACCUUGCCGGGCGCUCUUAUCUUACGCGGCGGGGGCAGGAGCAGCAGCAGCAGCAGCAGCAGCAGCAGCAGCAGCAGCAUUGGCCGGGUCGAGGGAGAAGAGGGAGAAGAGGGAGAAGGACCCGGCAGCAGCGGUCGCCUCGCCUUGAAUUUGCAGCGUGCUUGGGAGCUCUCGCCAUGAGCAGUCCUCGGGCGGUAGCGGCAUUUGCUACUACUACCGCGGCGGCAGCAGCCACAGCAGCAGCAGCAGCAGCAGCAGCAGCAGCACCACCGCCCCCCUCUUCCAAACGCCUCCUGUCCUCUCCCCCUGGCAUCUGAAGCAGCUGCUUCUCGGUGCAAAACCUUGCCUGACCUGCUUGCUCUUAAUAAUCACCAUCACCAUCAUCAUUUCAAUUGUUUUCCUUCCUUGCCUCCGGGGGCUUUGAAAAAUCUGACCUGGGAGACCUCCAGGUAGAGCAGAAUAAAGGCUGCUCGCUCAGUGGGUGAAUAUUUUAAUUUUGUUGAAUGAACUGCAUAUACUUUCAGUUUUACAAGCUGUUUUUUUGUUUUUGUUUUUGAAGCGUUUUGGGAAGGACGGUUCAUUCCGUGUGUGUUGCUUUUUUCCAGCUGAUUUGCUUUUUGCAAAAGGUUUCUUUUUGGAAGGGCUCUGAAAACACACACACACAUAUAUCCACCCUAGAACCAUGGGUCUACCUGCCUUGGAAUUUAGUGACUGCUGUUUGGACAGCCCUCAGUUCCGAGAGAGGCUGAAGUCUCACGAAGCUGAACUGGACAAGACCAACAAGUUCAUCAAGGAGCUCAUAAAAGAUGGGAAGUCGCUCAUUGCAGCCCUUAAGAAUCUUUCUUCAGCAAAGCGGAAGUUUGCAGAUUCUUUGAACGAUUUCAAAUUUCGAUGUAUAGGAGAUGCAGAAACAGAUGAUGAAAUUUGCAUAGCAAAAUCCCUGCAAGAGUUUGCUGCUGUUCUUAGAAAUUUAGAAGAUGAGCGCAUGCGCAUGAUUGAGAAUGCUGGUGAGGUCUUAAUCACACCUCUGGAGAAAUUUCGUAAGGAGCAAAUUGGAGCUGCUAAGGAAGCCAAGAAAAAAUACGACAAGGAGACGGAGAAAUAUUGUGGUGUGUUAGAAAAGCACUUAAACCUGUCUUCCAAGAAGAAGGAAUCCCAACUUCAAGAGGCAGACAGCCAGGUGGACCUGGUUCGACAGCACUUCUAUGAAGUCUCCCUUGAGUAUGUCUUCAAAGUACAAGAAGUUCAAGAGAGGAAGAUGUUUGAGUUUGUGGAACCACUGCUGGCAUUUCUGCAAGGGCUAUUCACAUUCUACCACCAUGGCUAUGAGCUUGCAAAGGAUUUCAGCGAUUUCAAGACGGAGCUGACAAUUAGCAUACAAAAUACGAGAAAUCGUUUUGAAGGCACAAGAUCAGAGGUUGAGUCCUUGAUGAGGAAGAUGAAGGAGAAUCCCCACGAGCACAAAAACAUCAGCCCUUUCACAAUGGAAGGCUAUCUCUAUGUCCAGGAAAAGCGUCAUUUUGGAACAACAACGUGGGUGAAGCAUUAUUGCACAUAUCACAGUGAAUCUAAACGAAUAACUAUGGUGCCUUUUGACCAGAAGUCUGGUGGAAAGGGGGUGAGUGAAAAUGCAAAUGAUGAAGCCAUUAUUCUCAAAUCCUGCACACGCCGAAAAACUGAUUCCAUAGAGAAAAGAUUUUGCUUUGAUGUAGAAGCAGUGGAUCGGCCUGGAGUGAUCACAAUGCAGGCGCUUUCUGAAGAAGAUCGAAGGCUCUGGAUGGAGGCCAUGGAUGGCCGGGAACCGGUCUAUAACUCAAACAAAGACAGCCAAAGUGAAGGCACUGCCCAGUUGGAUAUUAUGGGCUUCAGUAUUGUCAAGAAAUGCAUUCAUGCUGUUGAAACAAGAGGGAUCCAUGAGCAAGGACUCUAUAGAGUGGUUGGUGUCAACUCCAGAGUUCAAAAGCUAUUGAGUAUCUUAAUGGAUCCCAAAACCGCCGAAACAGAAGAUGACAUCUGUGCUGAGUGGGAGAUUAAAACAAUCACCAGUGCACUGAAAACAUACUUAAGAAUGCUCCCUGGACCACUCAUGAUGUAUCAGUUUCAAAGAAGCUUCAUCAAAGCAGCAAAACUGGAGAAUCAAGAAUCUCGAACCUCGGAGAUCCAUACCUUAGUACACAGGCUCCCUGAGAAAAAUAGGCAGAUGCUCCAUUUGCUCAUGAAUCACUUGGCAAACGUUGCUCAGAACCACAAACAGAAUCUAAUGACUGUCGCAAACCUGGGGGUUGUUUUUGGACCAACGUUAAUGCGGCCACAAGAAGAAACGGUUGCUGCGAUUAUGGACAUCAAAUUCCAAAAUAUUGUGGUUGAGAUUUUAAUUGAAAACCAUGACAAGAUAUUCAACACCGUUCCAGAUACACCACAAUCAAAUUCUCAGCUGCUUUUGUCUCGAAAGAAGAGUACAGAUUCCAAGCCACCAUCAUGCAGUGAGAGACCCUUAACUCUCUUCCAUACUGUGCAACCCAGUGAAAAGCAGGAGAACAGGAACAGUAUCAUCAACUCCAGCCUGGAAUCAGUGACAUCAUCGAACAUCAACAGUUUCCUCCAUUCCAACAGCACUCCUCAGUCUAACAUGAACUCCAGUGACCCUGACUUAGAAGUUAUUAAACCCAACAGGCCAAACUCACUAAUCCCCCCUGAUCCAACUGAAGCCUUUGAAGAUGUGCCUACUUCAAGCCAAACAUCUGUGGAAGGUGGCAGCAUUGACAAGUGAUGUUGAUCAACUGCUUUUGAAGUGGACUGACUGGGAGUUAUACUGUGUCCAUGAGAGUACCAUACCCAGAAAACACACACACAAAUUAGCACACUUUACAUUUUGAAGAAUCGUUUAUUUUAUUUUUCUACAUUUUAUCCCCCUUCAUCUCAAAAGUAGAUGGAAGAGGCAGCAUUUUUAUUAUAAAUACAUGCUCUUCAUCCAGUGAGUUGAUUUCAAGUUGAUGAUGGGGUGGGGGUGCAAGGGCAAUCAAAAGGUGAAAUAGCAUCUCUCUCAUCAGUGAUUUUGUUUGCUUCCCAGUUACCUAUCCACAUUUGUUAUAUACACCUUCAUAGACUUUGUGGUUUGGUUGGCUGUUAAUAUCUUUUAAGGAUCUAAUUACUAAACUUGUUCAUUAUAUUGCUAGGUAGACCUACAUUUUUGCCUCUUUUUCUUUUUCCAAGCAUUGACUGUUGUAAUUUUGAGUGAAGGAGUCAAGAAUAUGGGAAAGAAGAUACAAACAUUUAUCAGUUGCACAGCUAACACUCAGGAAGAUGGGCUCUUGGCUAAGGUGUAGGCAUACAGAAGCACCAGUAACAUAGAACUGGUGCACUGAGUGCCAGAACUAAAGGAAGAGGCCAGGAGGAGAGAUAAUAUGAAGACUAAUGUGUAGUCCUGUUUUUUAUUCUCCCUUCCAAAACAUGAUCUGGUUUACAGAAAAAAAACUCCACUGAAAAUCCUGGAACAAUCACUGGUAAACCACUCUGACAGAAGGUUAUGCCAAUCUUGUUUUCAAGGUGUCCGCACAUUGCUGGGGUAUUAAUGUUGGCUUCUGCCCAGCACAUGAAAGCAGCUAGUUAAGAUUACUGUGGCCAUAAUUCUCCAGGCACUUACUCUUGAGUGCUUCCAUUUAUUUUCAUGAAACCUUUCACAACUUUUGUAACUACAAAGACAACUAUGGGCAGCAAAGUAGCUGUUUUUAGGGUUGGGUUGUUGUUUUCUUAACAUUUUUCUAGUUUAACAAUACAGUUAUGCACAUUGAUGAUUGUGGGUUGUAUCCCAAUGUUAGUCAUACUCUGAGUUCAUCCAUUAAUGGACAGGACUAACUUGGGCCCAUUUAUUUAAGUGCGUCUGUUCUGAGUAGAACUUAGUUGGAUACAGCAUGGUAUGUAUGUUCAUUGAAUGCAUUGUUAAAAUAAUUAAAAAUUUGGAAGGGCUCACAGCUCAGGGAUAGACCAGAUGCUUUGCAUGCAGAAGACCCCAGGUUCAAUUUCAGUUAAGAGAAUCUUGAAGAACAAUCUUGGAAAAUAUCAUCGUCUAAAACAUUGAAGAGCUAUUGGAGCAGACAGUAAUGGAUUGCCCUGAAUAUUUGAUUACAACAGAAGGCUGAGAUAGAAAUCUGCUUAAAUAAAUGGAUGGACCAACAGUGAAGCUUGCCAUGAGACACCUUCUUUUGUUCACAUGUGGUAUAUUGAGCAAAGUCACCUUGCCAUUCAGUUCCUUCUUAAUGAUACUGGUAUUUAUUAGGUGGUGGCUUUGUGCGGUGUGAGAAACUCAGGUUUUGUUGUUGUGUGUCCCCCCCCCCACUCUACCCACAGGUUGUUCUCAGGGGUUAGGGAAGCCUCUGGAGAAGUAUGAAGUAUGGUGUGAACAGCUACAAUGUGUGUGUAGGGCGUGUUGUUGCUGAAUAAUGCCAGAUCCCACAGAAACAGGUGCUUUCUGCUGGUGAGGCCACCACUGGAUACAACCCUUAAUCUUUUCUUCAGUGGGGAUUUUUUUCCUGCUGCAUUUUUAAUGAUUUUCUAUAUUAAUGUUAUAUUCUUUUAUUUCUGUGAGCCACCCAGAUAACAGAUGUUAUUAAGCAGAUUAUACAAAUCUAGUAAGUAUAAUACCUGAAUCAUAGGAGGAUAUCUCACCAAAUAAAGUUAUGCCACUGCUUCAAAGGACCCUGUAGGAGCUAUCCUUAUUAAUCAGUUUUUAAACAUCCCCUUUUUGCUUUUUUUGUUCUUGAUGAGAGUAUAGAACAGCACUCUCUCCAGGAAGUAAUCAACCUUGACACUUUGCAUUUUGUACGUACAGACAUAUUUUGCCAUCUUUUUCCUUUGUAGAAAAUGUACACUUGUGUGUAUAUGAUAGUAAAGAACCCUCCUCUCUAGUCACAGCGUAGGCUUAGAAAUCAAUAGCAAUGUAGCCUUUGAAACCCCUCCAUCUCUGACUAUGGAUCUGUAUAUGCCCCCAUGAUGGUGCAGAAAACUUACAAAAUAUAUCCUCCAUAAAAUAAGUUAUCUUUAGGAACUGUGAAAGUUCUUAAUAAGCAGCAUACUUGAAUUUGUGUUCCACAGAGGCUGUGUUUCCUCACAAACAUUUAGGACAGCAUUUUGUGCUUUUUAGCAAUUAUGUCCCUGGCAAGUUAGUAAUGUAGCUUCUUCUGGCUCAGCAUGAAUGCACAGAAUACUUUGCCAGUUUUUCAUUGUCUUAAUAGCUGUUGCUGUGGGAGAUGCUCUUGCUGCUUUCAUUUCCCAGUUGGUGUCAGAAGGGCACCCUGAGAAUGGGGAGGGCAAUUUGGUUUGAUUCAGAGGAAAAAAGCUACCCAAGAAUGAGACUGCCUUCCUCUUCUGUCUCUGAUAAGGAGCACAGGACUUUCCUGUGUAACAGAAGUACGGUAGAAAUCACCUGUGACGCUACAUUUGUUAUCUCUGUUCACUUCAUUUCAUUAUGUUAUUUACUGUUUAUGUUGCACUCUAUUAAAAUAAUAACUGAAGUGGCUUAUAAUAAUAAAAUAACACAUGAAAAUGAAAAAAUAAGACAUUAUUAACAAAAUAUUCAUAAGGGACAACAUAACUAAAACUUGAAAAUAGCAGGUUACUGAUUAAAAGCUAGCCUAUAUUUUUAUAUUAAAAAGUUUUUACUAUCCGUCAAAGACAGAUUUGCCUGCAGAGUGCAACUGGGCAGCCUAAAUCCUGAAAGAUUUAGGUUAUUCUGAAUGUGUUCUUAACAUUUAGGCCAAAAGCAGGCCCUCCUCCUUAAGUAUAGAUCAGUCCUGUUCCACCAUCACAUUUGAGGCUUUUCAAUAAUAAUAAUGAUAAUAAUAAUAAUAAUAAUAAUAAUAAUAAUAAUAAUAAUAAUAAUAACAACAACAACAAUAUAUUAUUUAUACUCUGCCCAUCUGGCUGAGUUUCCCCAGCCACUCUGGGCGGCUUCCAACAGAACAGAAGAUUGAAAUGCAAUACAGUAAUCUAUUAAACAUUAAACGCUUCCCUAAACAGGGCGGCCUUCAGAGGUCUUCUAAAAGUCUGGUAGUUGUUUUUCUCUUUGACAUCUGGUGGGAGGGCGUUCCACAGGGCGGGUGCCACUACCGAGAAGUAUUAUUAUUAUUAUUAUUAUUAUUAUUAUUAUUAUUCUACUGCCCUUCAUCAGAAGAUCUCAGGACAGUUCACAAGAUAGAAAUACAUGCUUCCCUGUUGCAUGUUAAUUCCAAACACCAGCAGUUUUGCUUUACUAUUUUGCCAUUGACUUGUACAGCUGUGGGUUACUUGUGUUACCAUCUGUACUUUCUGUAUUUCCUUUCCUUCUCACCUCACUGUUUACAGUCCCCAUCACUAUAUGUAUAUAUAUACACACCUGUAACUCAGGGUAGCACUUCAUACAUCUGAUGAAAUGGAUUUCUUUAGUUUGUGAAAGCCUAUCCUCUAAUAAAUUUGUUAGUCUUUAAGGUGCCAUAUGAAAUUUUUGUUGUUUUUUGCUACAACAGACUAACAUGGCUUUAUUCCUCUGGAAAUCAUCUCUGAUUUGUUUGCUUGGGAACCAUAGGCUGUGAUGUACAUGAGCCUGUUCUAAAGCCGUGGGAUAUUUUGGGCUGCUGACUCAUCGUAUUCCCUCUUCACAGUGUUUGCCAUUUGUGAGAGAUUAAUGUCCUAACUCAACAAAUCUAAUUUUAGCUGGGGUUUUUUUGUUUCCUGCUUUUGGCAUCUUUGUGUCAAAAGUAAUCUUUCAUAUCUGUCUUCCCACUCUGCUUCACAUAAGAAGUAUCUCCUGCAACAACAGAUAGGAAAGUGAGACUGGACUCCAUAUGCUUUAUAUUCCUUUUUCUUUCUUUCUUUUUAUGUAGGUAAAGUAAAACUAUACACCAUUGUCUAAAUGUAAGCAAUGUGCUUUUGUCACUUCCAUGGUUGGGAGAAUAUUUAUUCCAAAUAAACAGUGUUUAAUAAAAAUAUAUCCUAAA